AUGAGCAAUGCCAAAGCUAUUGGCACACUAAUGAGUUCUUCAACAAGUCUCGACAAGGACGAACAAGGAAGUUCUGUUGAUGAAACUAAGUAUCGUGGAAUGAUUAGCUCACUUCUUUAUUUAACUGCUAGUCGACCGGAUAUUAUAUUUAGUGUCUGUAAAUGUGCCAGGUUUCAGUCAGCUCCUAAGGAAUCUCAUCUAACUACACUAAAAAGAAUUAUUCGAUAUCUUAUUGGAAUUGUCUCUCAUGGAUUAUGGUAUCCUCGUUCUAACAUGUUUGAAUUAGAAGGCUUUUCAGAUGCUGAUAUUGCGGGCGAUAAGGAAGACAGAAAAAGCACAAGUGGAACAUGUCAAUUACUUGGCAAAUCAUUGAUAUCUUGA